AUGGUCGAGUUCUUGUCGCGCAAGCUCAAGGACGACGUCGAGGGCACGUGUACCGGGAAAUACGGUUAUAUCAUCAAGGUCGUGUCGAUCAUGGAUGUCGGACAGGGCAAGGUGAUGCCUGGAACGGGCCUCGCCGAGUUCCGCAGCAAAUACCAGGCGAUCGUCCUGAAGCCGUUCAACGGCGAAGUGAUGGACGCGCUCGUCACCAAUGUGAACAAAAUGGGCUUCUUUGCCGAAGUGGGGCCACUGAGUAUCUUUGUCUCGUCGCACCUGCUGCCCAUCGACUACAAGUUCCAGCCGGACGCGAAUCCGCCCGAGUUUGUCUCGCCGACCGAUAACCUCGUCAAGGGCCGCAAGGUGCGGAUCCGUAUCGUGGGCACUUUGCCAUUGGGACGAUGA